UAUUGUCUAAUGUCUACGUCUACAGCUACGGCUCGACGCGUUCAGGCCGAUUGGAAUUCGGACAAAGCUACGGUCUAGGUUUGCGCCCUCAAGCGACGACUUAACGUUAUGUGGUAAUUAUCGUCCGUUGCUACGCGCCCUCGUGAUUAUCGUCUGCUGCUGAUUGCGCAAUGCUUGUUUACAACCGAGAGAAUGAUUCCAUUCAGUAGACUAGUAUGAUCGCUAAUGAUGAUGCCGUUAUUAAUUUAAUAGCUGCUAUUCAAUUCUUUGUUGUCCUAAAUAAUCAGAAAUUACUUCAAAUCCAGCAAAGAAGAGCUUUCAUCCUCCAAGUUCUGAAUGUUCUCACACCAGCAGAAAACAAUCUUCCAAGAGAGCCUUAUUGUAGACUCAGAGUCCAUUUGUUGCUAGAUUUGCUGAGGGAGCCACUGCAACUGAAAAAACACUGUCGAGUAACACAGGCCACCUUCCUCAAACUUCUGACAGUGAUCUCUACAGAAAGUCACCACGGCUGGGAUGAAGACAUUCAACUUCUGUGCUUCCUGUUUUGGCUUGCAUGUGGAUCAGCUUAUAGGGUCGUCUCCGCAGCAACAGGUAUUCCCAGGUCAAGCAUCUGUGAUAUAGUUCACAAGGUCUUGAAGCGAGUGUUGAAUGGCAUCAAAACAAUAAUUAAACUGCCACAGCAAGAUGACAUCCCUGUAAUUUCCAGGGGGUUUUGUCGAUUGGCAAACACGGAUUAUAUUUCUAUGGCUGCAGGUAGCAUAGAUGGAACCCACAUCAAGAUCAUGCCCCCUGACUCUAGACGAGAGGACUACAUAAAUCAUAAACUGUUUUACUCCAUCAAUUUGCAAGCAGUCUGUGAUCACAGAGGAGUAUUCCUAGAUGUAUUUGCUGGAUAUCCAGGUUCUGUCCAUGAUUCAAGGGUUCUUAAAUGCAGCCCGUUAUACCGCCAGAGAGAUUAUCCCCCUGAAGGAUACUACUUACUUGGAGAUACGGCAUAUCCAUGUCAAUCCAGACCUCUAGCUAUUCUCACUCCCUACAAGGCUCCUGCCUCUCCAAUACAAGGAAGAUACAACUACCACUGUAGCAGGGCUAGAACAGUCAUUGAGAGGGCUUUCGGUCGGAUGAAGACGAGAUGGAGGAGCAUUUUCACAAAGACACUUGAAAUUUCUCCUGUUCUGGCACCAAAAGUUGCUGUUGCAUGUGCGAUUAUGCAUAAUGUGUGUGUUCUAUCGUGUGAUGAGUGGGCAGAGGAAGCAGACGAUGAUGAGGAUGAUCCUCCCAAUGAACAACCUGCUAUGGAGCCAGAUGACCUCGAGAGGGGACAUGUAUCUGCUGAACCACUCAGACGGCAUAUUGCUGCACAAAUAUCUGCACCAUUAGACAUAGUUCAGGAACUUCAUGAGCAUGACUAUCUGUAAGCAUUGAGAAAAGGGUGUUUGUUCUAUUGCCAUUUCUAUCAAAUCGCUGACAAGUAGGCCUGCAUAAGAUUCCCCUUUUAAAAAGCUAUAGUUGUAUUAUUUGUCGUUCCAUUUUAAGUCCAUUAACAAGGGAGUAUGGUGCUACAUGUAUAUAGGACAUAACAACAUCAUUAUAUACUUCAAGUUCACAUAACAUUUGUGUUUAUUUAUAUUACAUGUCUUAAAUAACAUAAACAACAUUUUGAGAAUAAAUAAUUAUUGCAAAUGCCCAGUAUAAUCCUUAAAUAACAUGAACAACAUUUUGAGAAUAAAUAAUUAUUGAAAAUGCCCAGUAUAAUGCUUAAUGCCAAGUAUAGUUAUUAAUAAGGGAAAAAAAUGAGUGGCGAUGAGUUCUUAAACAGCCGUUUAAAACCGGCAGGGUCGUGGCCGUGUGAUAAAGGACCAAGCCGAACCGGGCCCUGCAAGGUCUUAAACGGCCGUUUAAAAAUGAGUCACUACUCUUUUAUUCCCAAUCAUAAAUUCCCUUUUGGUUAAAAGGCAUAAUAAAGUAGGAAACUCUGUAAAACUUAUGUUUUCCAAUGUUCUCGAGCUCUGUUACGUGAUGGUGCAUUUUUAUGAGACAGUUUUCGGAUAGCAUUUGUGCGCAUAGUAACAAAUCCUCGCAUCCAUGGGCUAACCCGCACAAAUGCUAUCCGAAACUGGUUAAAAACAGCUCCAGCUGUGCCUUUAUCAACCGUUAAAACACCCCCACCUGACAUGCUCUCCACCAAUAGGAAUAUUGAAACUGUCUGGAGUAUUUAUAAAUUACUUAUUAACCCUGCGAUGCAUGACCAAAAACAAAUGCUAUUGCCACACCACAAUCUAUAUUUUCCAGACAAGUCAUUUAUAUUUUCAAGAGGGCUUUUUCUGUUUCAAAACCCUGAUAGAUCCAAGGCUUGCUUUUAAAAAUAAAUAUAUUAGCUGGUCUUGAAAGUACAUUGUAUAGAUAACUGCUGUUUAAAAUACUACACUAACAGGCUUUCAAACUGUUUUUUUUGUAAAUACGUAACAUUUUAAUGUGUAAAUAUGUUGUCAUUCUUCCCCCCACCUUUUUCGAAUUUUAAUAGAUGACAAUUUUAACAAUUAAAGAGCAUCUCUUAGGUAAAAUUACGUUUUGUGAUUGACUUAUUUCCCAAUGAACAGAGCCCUUAACAAAAUGUGACAAAUUACAGGCCUCUAACCUUACAUAAAAGUGGUAAAAACUGUAAAUUUAUUUGAUAUAAUUUCAGUGUGAAACCUUAUCGCACAAUGACGUCACGUUGUAAACAAACAUGAGAAGUGGGUCUGUAUAUACCCUGUACGGGGAAUGGGUAUAUUUAUAGUGCAUGAAUUUCCAUAAUGCUCAAUCGAAUUGGCAUUGAAAAAAAUUGUGUUGAAAAUUUGUAUGAAGUCUUACAGACCCACUUAUGUUUGUUCACAAUGUGACAUCACUGUGUUAAAAUAUUUUGCACUGAAAUGGUAUCAAAUAAAAUUUCAAUUUACAACACUUUCAUGGAAGGCUAGAUGCUUGUAAUUUUGUACACAUUUUAUUAAGGGUUCUAUCUAUUUGAAAAUGAGUGUAUCACAAAACUUAGUUUGACCUUAGAGGUGCUCUAUUCAUUUGGCAGAACAUUUUUUAAAAUGGAAUAAAUGAACAUUAAAAAUGGAAUAAAUAAACAUUCAAAUUCGACAAUUGAA